AUGGACGCCGGCCGCGCGAUGGCCGUCCUCUGCCCCUCCAGCCUGCUCUUCGCACUCAUUUCGCUCCAUCGUAUUGAAAUCCCACUCGUCCACACGCACCUCGCCCUCCUCUGCCGAAACCUUACCGCGAGCGCCCACUCUAGCAGCCCCCAGGCGCCCAGCCGCACCCUGCCUCACUGCACGCUUCCCUCGCUAUGCAGUUAUCGCGCUGAUCAGCGUGGUUCCGCGGACACCUUCUCGGUCCUAGAUGGGAACGCCCCAUACGGCCCGCGAAUCUCAGGCGGUCGGUCGAUACAUCCACUGACCGUCACCGCCGCGUCGCGAGAGGACACCGCCCGCGCAUAUCCCCGCACGGAUCGGACGCGGCGUGCCUCGUGCUUCCAAGGCCUGUCGUCCGGCGUCUUGGAUGUCGUCUGCGAAGCCGGUGGCGCACGAUCUGCGCAGGCGAGGCAUUUACACGGGGAACUGGGCAAAAAGCGAGCCUCGCAGCUGCGCGGCCUGCCCACUCCCACACUCCCAGCCACCAUGUAUUUCCAGAUAUCCCCCGCGGGCGUCCCUGUCUUGAUGGAUAUGCCAGAUAGCACCGCCGACGACGUAACCCGCCGCUGGGUGCACCCUGCUCGCCAAGUACGUGUGCAUCGACGGAUACGUACGCACUGUGGAUCCUGCGCCGAACACCCCCCUGCCGUGGACACGCCGCCGCAAAAGACAGUGCAGAUGCCCUCUGCGCCCGCCUCGCCUGGGCACGACCGCCUUCUCGGCCUGCUCGUGCAGCGCAUCGGCAUGGGUGGCGGUAGCCUUCUCGAAGCCGGGCACCCCCUGCCCGCACUUCUCGUCGGCUCGGAGCUUAUUCAAUACGAUGCGCCCGGCCUAUUGUCAUCACGCAGCACGCGAGCAGCAGCAGCAUCUCCAGCUAUUUCUGCUGAUCCGCCCAUAAUGGAAGCUGCCUUCCCCGGGCCAGGCCGGCAGGCGCAUUGCCUCUUCGCGUGCCCGCAUUGGCCGUCGGAGCAGCCCCAGCGACGUAUCACGCCCGAGGCACCGAUGCGGCAAGCGGGACCGCAUCUGAUGCCUGUCCACCCCGUUAAAUAUAUGGCUCUGCGCGAGGCGGUGACACGCCGCCGCUCGCGCCUUCGAUUACCCACGGCGGAAGCUGCGAUCGCACACGUCCUUGCACAGGGAUCGCACCUGCCGUGGCUAGGUUCAGGCGCCCACCUGUCCUCCCCCUGCGCGGAGUCUUAUGCCUUCUCCUUCGCCACCGGAGCACCUCUCAUCUGUGCUGUCGCUGUCGCGGGAACGCGAUACGGCAUAUCGCAAUGUCAUAUGAUGCCGCUGGGUCUGCGAGAACACUAG